AUGGAUAUAUUUGGAAUAUUUUAUGAAGACGAUGAUCAAGAAAUCAUCGAAUUUUUAAAUUACCAACGUCGUACAUACACCAUACGUAUGAGAGUUGAUCAUAUGACACUUUGGGAUGAUCAUGAUUUUAGGAUCAGAUUCCGAAUCUCAAAGGUGGUCGUUCUUCAAGUUUUAGACCACAUCAACGACCAAAUAUCUUCAUUAACCGAUAGAAAUCAUGCAGUGACAUCCAUUAACAAAUUGCUUUUAGCUUUGAGGUUUUAUGCAACUGGUAAUUUUUUGAUCACUUCUGGAGAUUUUCUUGGGGUUAGUAAAACUACGGCAUCGUUGAUUGUACGUGAUGUCAGUAUUGCCAUAGCAAAACUUCGACCUAUGUUUAUACAAAUGCCAACGACAGAAAGGGAAAUAAGUAAAUUACAAAGAAGUUUUUACCAAAUUGCUAGGUUUCCAAGGACAAUUGGUGCAAUUGAUUGCACCCAUGUCAAAAUUCAGAAUCCAGGAGGCCCUAACGCUGAAUAUUUUAGAAACCGAAAAGGUUAUUUUUCUAUAAAUGUUCAAACCAUUGCAUGUCCUAAUUUGAAAAUUAUGGAUGUUGUUGCACGAUGGCCAGGAUCAUGCCACGACCAGACUAUAUUUAAAAAAUCACAGAUUUAUUACAACUUAAUAAAUGGUAAAUGGGGAAACAGUUUAAUUGUAGCUGAUAGUGGCUAUGCUAAUUCUCGCCAUGUGGUAACACCAUUCUUGAACCCACGAAAUGAUAUCGAAGAAUUGUACAACGAAUCAAUUAUCAGGACAAGAAAUCCAGUGGAGAGGUCAUAUGGUGUACUCAAGAGAAGAUUCCCAGUAUUAUCCUUAGGACUACGAUUGAAAUUAGAAACAACUCAAGCUGUAAUUGUAGCUUGUUGUGUUUUACACAACAUAGCAUGUGAUAAUAAUGAUAUGGACCCACCUGCACUAGACAUAGUUCUACCAGAAAACGAAAACAUAAACAUAGAAGAACAACAACCAGAAGGUGAAAACGCAAGACAACAACUAAUGCAAGAAUACUUUGUACAUUUUUAA